AUGGCCGAGGAACAGAAGCCCGUCGCGGUCCCCACCGAGGAGACUCCUGCGACCACCACCGAGUCCACCACUGCUGCUGCUGAGACCACUGCACCCGUCGAGGCUGCUAAGGAGGAGACUGCCCCUGCUGCUACUGAGGCAGCCAAGGAGCCUGCCACCGAGACCCCUGCCGCUGAUGCCGCCGCCGCACCGGCUGCUGAGGAGGUGAAGAAGGAGGCCGAGCCCGUCGAGGACGGCCAACUCGAGCACAAGGGCAGCAACUUCCCCAAGAACUUCAUCUACUCCAAGAAGUUCUUCUGGUUCGGUUCCGAGGCUGUUGACCCCAAGAAGGUGCCUGCCUUGCUGAAGGACCACCACCUGGCCGCAUGGGCCAGCGAGACCGGCAAGGGUCUCCUGUUCUUCAGCGAGAAGGGUCAGGACAAGUCCGCACCUUCCAGCGCCAUCGCACUGCACGAUGCCGCCGAGCCCACCACUGAGGGCCCCAACAAGUUCGUCCUGUCCUCCAAGGGACACAAGCACACCUUCAAGGCUGGCAGCACGGCGGAGCGUGACAACUGGGUCAGCCAGAUCAAGCUGAGGAUCGGCGAGGCUAAGGAGCUCGCUAAGACCGUCACCGAGUCCGAGCAGUACAAGGCUACUCUCGCUUCCUUCUCCCCCGCCGUCAAGAAGGAGGAGAAGAAGGAGGAGAAGGCUGAGGACAAGAAGGCUGAGGAGACACCCAAGGCCGCUGAGGAGACCCCCGCCGCUGAGGGCGCUGCUGAGCCUGCUGCCACCACUGAGGCUGCCGCCGCCACCACCGAGACCACUGAGGGUGAGGCUAAGGAGGAGGCCAAGGAGGAGGCCGCUGAGGCCAAGAAGGACGAGCGCAAGCGCUCCACCAGCAAGAAGCGUGCCUCUAUCUUCGGUGCCCUUCUUGGCGGUAACAAGGACAAGAAGGAGUCCGCCAAGGCUGAGGACAAGAAGGAGGAGGCUGUCGCUGAGGCUCCUGAAGGCACCGAGGAGACUCCCGCCGCCGCCACUGAGACCCCAGCCACUACUGAGCCGGCGACCGAGGCUGCUAAGGAGACUGAGACCGCUGCUGCCACCGAGCCCGCCGCUGAGGAGACCAAGGCCAAGGCUGCUGAGAAGCCCACCCCAACCAAGCGAACCAGCCUGUUCGGUGGUCUGUCCUUCGGCAAGAAGAAGCCUGAGGAGGCUGCCCCUGCCACCCCGGCCAAGGACACCCCUCCUGUCUCCGAGGAUGCCCCCGUCAUCCCUAAGGUCGACACUGUUGAGCCUCUGAGCACCGAGGUCUCCAGCCCUGCCAACGUGCCCACGGAGACCACCGAGACCGCCGCCGCCGUCCCUGCCGUCAACGGCGAGAAGAAGGAGGUCAAGGCCGACAAGCGCAAGUCGUCCUUCCCCUUCGCCCUUGGCAAGAAGAACACCUCCACCCCCACCAGCCCCGCCGCCGUUGAGGAGGGUGCUGCUUCUCCGGACGCUGAGAAGGCCAAGAGCCCCAACCCCUUCUCCAAGUUCCGUGCUACCAUCAAGAACAAGGGCAAGGCUGUUGAGAAGCCCGCCGAGAAGACCGAGGACAAGCCAGCUGAGGGUGCCGUCGAGGAGCCCGCUAAGCCCGCCGAGGAGGCCAAGGCCGCCGAGGAGGUCAAGCCCGAGCCCGUCGCCGAGGAGGCCAGCGAGCCUGCCAAGGACGCUCCCGUCGCCAGCACCCCGGUCGUCACUGCUUCGGCUUAA